UAUCGAUCAUCCCUAAAGUCACACGUCCCCCCGGUCCGCUGAGUGCCAGACUUUGAGAUAGCGUUUGGUAUUCACUGUGUCUCUUAACAGGAGAAUUAGUGGACUUGAAUGCUUUGAUCGUCCGUAAGCUUUGUCGGAUCAUGGCUACCCACGAAUUUUUUGUUGAUAUGACGUGCGAGGGAUGUUCUGGUGCAGUCACCCGAGUCCUUAAAAAAAUAGAUGUCAAGUUUGACAUUGACCUUCCUAACAAGAAGGUGUUCAUCGAGUCUGACAAAGAUAAAGAUGUUCUUCUGGAGACACUGAAGAAGACGGGGAAAACUGUCACCUACAUCGGCACAAAAUAGACAAGAUUGAAAACAUACAGAUCUGUCUGUUCUGAAGACCGUCUUCAGUCCCUUUCAUUUGUACUUGUCCGCUUGACAGGGAGAUCAUGGCCGUCUGUGUGAUCUUACACUUCAAGAAUGAAGGUGUGACUUUGGGGACCAGUGGAAGGAGCGUCUUAAACCUGCCCUGCUGUGUACCAUGAAAAUAUAGUCAAAAGCUAAUUGAUGUAAUGAAAUAUUAGUAUCUAAUGCUUAGAUAAAUAUAUAUAUAUAAUUGUUUCUUUUGUAGUUGCAUUAAAACAGCUUAUUAAAUAGGCAUCCACUGCUGCUUAAUUGUCUGCUGACCCUGUUUACAUACACACAUGCAGAAAUAAACACUGUUGGCAUGCCCUG